AUGCUCACGGAACUACCAGCAGAGAUCAUUUACAACAUUGCACUUCACCUUCCGACGGUCAGCUGCUUGACCAACCUCUCCCAGACAUGUCAACAUCUUCAUCUGCUCAUCGCGGCAGAGGAUUCACGAAUAUUCAGAGCCUUCUUGAAGACUCGCUUCCCUUGGAUAGAGACACCUCCAUUUUGGCGAGAUGCCUCCCGUGCUUUGAGUUCUCGCUCGCGAGCCCUCGAUAAACAUGCGGUGAUAGGUCGGUUUGUGGUACCGCCACAGAAUGCGAUCAAAGUCGGUUCCCACCGAGGCACAAGAGCCGAUACUCCUACCCUUGGGUAUCGUCCUGCGAUUGACUCGUAUGAGGUCUGGAAUGGUAAUCUAUGGCCAGACCGCAAGGAGGUUCUUGCCUGGGGUGCUGCGGAUGAAAUUAUCGUCCGCGUCAGACAGACCGGUUCCCACCCGUCUGACAAAUGGGUCGUGUUCAAUGAUUUGGACCAUGUUAGCAGCUACGAUGAUAUCUGUGGUCUCCACCUUCUCAAGUCAGAUCGCUAUUUCCAAGGUUCCGAUGACAAAGAGCAUCUGAUUUUUGGUCGUGUUUGUGGAGAGCUCCAUCAUCUCUCAAUUUCGCCGGGCGACGCAACCCAUGACUACGAACAGGAGUUUGUGACGCAUGGAACUGAGCUUGAACGCAUUGAUCUUAGUGAUGGCCCGGAGCCUAUUCUGGCUGCCCACUUUGAGAAUAGCUCCAUUGCACUUUACCACACUACGACAGACGAGCCCGAGGUCUACCCCUUUGCGCGGCUUGGCUGCGAAGGCCUCACGCGCAACAACUAUUCUAAAUUCCUGUCGCCGACUCGGUUAGCAGUGGGCACAGGGCGCCUCGAGAACACAUUGUCCAUUUCCACGAUCACGCCUGAUAAUGUAUCACUAUAUCGGGAGAUCGGCUCCGAAUUUCUGGGCUUUGAGGAACGAGUUGGUCUCAAUCGGAAGACCAAUAAAGUCAGUGCUAUCGCACCACUGACUGGGCAAGCUGGAGGGCUGGGCGAUGUCUUCCUAUCUACUUGGGGUGAUAGGGCUGUCAGACUCCAUGAUCUUCGCACAAGCAAUCCAUACGAGGCCAUGUACAGAGACACAACGGAUGACAACCCCAUAUAUUGCGUUCAUCCAUUUGGCCACGACCGUUUUGUCGUCGGUGCAGGUGGCGAUGCGGUACUCAAGUUCUUCGAUCUCCGUAUGCACAACCCCUACAGCUAUCUGAAUGGAAGAUAUCCAUCAUUCUCGCAUCCCAGUGUCGAGCCCAGCGCGGACAACAUGAAUACGGACGGGAUUCAAGAUUCGCUUAGGUACCCAAGGAAGGAUUUCUCUCUUUUCUUAUCCCAUCCACCUCCGGGACUUAAAAGUUCAAACCGCGGGCGCUCCCGGGGCAACCCCACCUCCUACCGUGGUCCGAUAUACACCAUGUCCUCCCCAUCUGCAUUAUCAGCAACGAUCUACGUAGGUGUGGUAGAUGGUGUCUUCCGCCUUGACUUUGCGUCCUCGGACGACCUUGCCAGUUCUUCUUGUCAAUGGUACAAGGAUGGUCUUGCCUUGGAUCUGAAUGCAGAUCUGAACAGCUCACCCUCCACCCCGGAUAGGGUCUUGGAGCUCUCGGGAUACGAGCGUCCAGAGCCUGAUGAUCUUACGACUACUUCAAAAUUGAGGACUCAGCAACCUUUCUGGACCAUUUCGAAUGAUGAUGCCCGGAAUGAGGUGGUUACGGGUUGGGAUCGAAGAUGGGAGAGAUUGGAUAAAAACGCUCCUUGGAGACGUCAUGAUUGA